AAGACCCACUUUUAGUAUUCCUCUCUUCUCAUUAUCAAAGGGUGAGUUGGUUUAGUUGUAUUUCACACCGGUUGACUUCUUUUUGCACUUGUAUGACAGUUGUGGAGAAUACUAACAAGCAGGCUGCAAGAUGCUGACCUGCCUUUGGUAAUCUGCUCUUCUCAUUGUCAUCAAAGGUUUCUAAUCAGCAAUGCAGUCUGGAAUGCACGGGACUGUGGAAAGGGAGCUCGCUGUUCCGUUCCAGUUCCUGCUAUUGCGGUAACCAUGACAACAAAGCGACAAUAUUACUACUUGGAGAUAGUUUCGUGUAUCCAAACUUUGACCUCCUAAUUCCACCCUGAGACGGAUGUGCAUCUUCCAGGAGAGGACAUGUACCAGCCGGGCAUCAUGACCACCAACCACGGACACCCUUCCUACGAGGCCGGCUUCCUGCACAACUCCUCGGGUGCCUCCCCGGUCUACGUGCCCACCACCAGGGUCGUCACCCCGAUGAUCCCCACCCUGCCCUACCUGCAGACGCCCGGGGCGUCGCAGACCAGCACGCCGGCGUCGAGUCACUCCGCCUGGGCUCAACCGGGCGCCGAGUCGGUGUCGUCGUACAACCACUCCCCGGUGUCUCCGCGUUUCGGCUUCUCCGCAAGCCCCCCGGCCAGGGAGCAGGUGGCAGCGGCCUCCUACAGCGGCCCGCUGGGCAUCCCCGCGAACGGGAGAGAGCACUACGGCGCCCGGGGCCUCGGCGGGUCGUACCACAGCCCCUACCCGGCCUACAUAAGUCCGAACGUGGGCGGAACGUGGUCGGCGUCACCCUUCGAUAGCCCGGUGCUGCACGGCCUGCAGAACGGGUGUCCCACUGGCGCAACACGGCACCCAAAUAUAGAUCUAUUUGACGACUUCGCCGAGGGCCGAGAAUGUGUCAACUGUGGCGCCAUGUCCACGCCGUUGUGGAGGCGGGACGGCACAGGCCACUACCUGUGCAAUGCCUGCGGACUCUACCACAAGAUGAACGGCAUCAACAGACCUCUCAUCAAACCCCAGAGACGACUGUCGGCCUCCAGGAGGGUUGGCCUGUCGUGCACCAACUGUCACACCACCACCACCACCCUCUGGCGACGAAACGCAGAGGGAGAGCCCGUCUGCAACGCCUGUGGCCUAUACAUGAAACUCCACGGGGUCGCACGACCUCUGGCUAUGAAGAAAGAGGGGAUCCAAACCCGCAAACGCAAACCCAAGAACCUGAGCAAGACCCAAACUGGGGGUCCAGGCAACGAGGGGACUCCAAUGACACCAACAAGCAGCACUCACCGGGCCUCCAUCACAUCCUCAUCGUCCUCCAGCGCCUCCUCCAUGUCAGAGGAGGCCCGGCAGAUUAAGACGGAACCAGACACGCCCAGAUUGUACACGCACAACGGCAUGCACACUCAGAUCUCAGCUCUGCCGGCCUACAUGGCGGCUCAAGGGGGGGCUCUUCCCCUUAAAAUGUCCCCAGGGGGGCACGGCGGUUCGUCAGGCUCAAAAGCCGAGCCGUGGAAUAACCUCAUCCUGGCUUAGAACCCGGCAGAUCCCUCACAGGAAGAAUGAAGAGCAGAAAGAACAUUUUCGAUGAUGUAAAAAUCAAGUUGUGUCACUCCCGCCUGCUCUACUUGACUUAGAUAUCUUACAGUUGGUUUAUGCUCAAUAUGUGACACCAAAACAGGUCAGAGUUCAAUAUACGCGUCAGUAUUGACACAGCGUCUACUCUUGAAUUGAUAACAUCAGCAGCCAGUGCUGUUGCACAAUGCAAACAGUAACGUGGACUAUGUGAGCAAGUGGCUCCCUCUGUUGGAUGCACUGUAAGAUUUCACCCACACGAAAAACGUUAACCUGAGCCUGUUUGAAAAAAAAGAAAAACAACUAAAUUAUUUGAAGAUUUAGGCUUUGUGGUGGGGAAAAAAGCGCAUUAUGCUUAAAUUAUGGCAAAUUAUAGCAUUGUUGUUAUUAUAACAUCCGCCAUGUUUAUUUAUGGAUGUUCAGUGAAGUCCAAAGUUUCAUAUCCUUUGCAUCCGAUUUAAUUCUAACGUGGAUCAUGCGUAUCUUUUAGCUUGAAAUGACACAUGAAAGUGGACCAAAAGCAUUUGUGUUACCAGAUAUGCAUUUUUAAAUAGCUAUUUUAAUUUAAAACGCCAAUGUCCAAGAUGUGUUAUGCGCUUUCUCUUUACAUGUAUAAGUUUAUAGCGCAGUAGUAUACUCUGGAUCAGGGUUCUUAAGUUAAAGUACCACCUACUUACACAAUAUUUGUCAUAUUUGUAAGCAGAGGUUUUUGCUACCAUCGCUUACAUGAAGGCAUAGCUUCAAACAUGCGUCUCGUAUAGUUUUUAUUUAUAACAAUCUCUCUGAUGUUCUCGGGUACCUUGACAUGAAGCCUGUGUGCCACCAGUGGUAUUCCUACCCGUUUUAAGAUUAUUCUAAAAUGAUUAUUUGAGUUUCUAGAAAAUUAAUGGAUUAUCUAAAUAAUUAAGACAACAUAUGCAUAAUUUUUACAAUUUAACUCAAACUUUGACAAGAGUAGGAAUUAUUUUCUGCUUCACUUGUAUCAUUUUCUACUGUCUGGAGAAAAAAGGCUGCUGCUCCCUCUCACUAUCCAUAUCCUCACUGCAAAUCUCUGUUCAUAUUUAUUUCUAAAGGCGCAACCGCUACAGACAUUAAGUUCUAUAUCAUUCUGUGUAACCUUCAUUUUAGGGGUUGUGUGUCAUGUCUGUACAGUAUUUUUUGUGUAAAUGUGUUAUAUAGUGCUGCGUUUAUAGGUAUUGCAAAUAGGUAUUUACCUAUUUGCAACUUUAUAUACAUAUAUGUAAAGGCUCUCCACUCCAGUAUAAUUGUGUAAUUCACUUAUUAGUGCUAUACAGUAUUGCAUUGAGAUGCACCAACGUGAUACUACCUAAUAUACCUUCUUUGGUGCCGCUGGGGCUCUUAACAGGCCACCCAAUGGUACACGAUGCAAAUGGUGUACAAGUGGAAAUGUACAUUUGUGUUUAAUAAAGGGAAGGUAAACGCAUACUCAAGUUAUUCUUAUUUCAAGAACUAUACUAAGAAGUCUGCCUUCACAAAGAUAAUGAUGCACAAGUUUGAGUAUGCUAUUGUGGUGUGUGUUAAAAAGUAACACGCCUACUGGGAACACGAGUCAAUCGUUAAAUUAUCAAUUGCAAAUGCAGGAGUAUACGUCCAAUGUCACGCACUUUGUGUAGCACUCUACAGACUGGUGUAAUUCAAGGGUACCUGCAAAACAGAAAUUAUAGUUAAACAUUCACUGGCCGUUACAUGCACAACCUGAGAGUCUAGACCAGACCUGGGCAAAUUAAGGUCCUGAGGCCAAAUGCCGCCCGUUAAGUUUUUCAAUCUAGCCCGCCGGACAUUCCCCCCAAAUUUUUUUUAGAUCUUUUAGAUCGAAACUGUAGCUGCCAUUAUGAUGUGCAGUGAUGUUUUCAAAUGAACUAUACAAAAUAUUUAAAUGGUUGGAAUCUGCGCUUUUGCAUGACAUACUAGUUACUAUGGUAAUCUAAGUCACAGCAGCUCAGACGAGGUACCAAGCAGUGUGGGUGGGUAGCGUUUCCACAGAGUGUUUCCAGAGCAACCUGCCUGAAAUGUGGGUGUCAGGGACAGACGCGGAAGGAGAUUUUUACAACAAAGUUCUAAAGCUUAGUGAUAUAUCAGACAUAUCAGAUUGUAGGUGGGGUUUUUUUACCCUUUGUGUUCUUGUUUUGUUGUUUGUUGCCUUUUUGUCGUGUUUCGCCUGAUUGUAAAAUAUGUCGAUCGAGAGGGAGUGUGACAUUCAUAUGUUGUCAAUAUUCUGUUUUUUUAUUGUUCAUAGUUAAUAUUGUAAAUCCCACAUUCUUUAUUUUCAUGUACA